GCCCUUACUAGCAAUGGCCGCUACCUGAUUCCAACCCAAAGGCCGGAGUUAUACAUGGCUUCGCCUCUCGUUCAAGUGGGGAGUAGGUGUUCUGUGACGGAGCGCGAGUAAACUAUGAGCCGCCCUUGUCUGUAGAAUCAGUGCUCGUCUUGCUCAGUAUGGCGGCCACAGCGGAACUCUUUGAGGAGCCGUUUGUUGCAGAUGAAUAUAUUGAGCGUCUGGCAUGGAGAACACCAGGGGGAGGAUCAAGAGGAGGAGUGGAAUCAUUUGAUCCUAAAAGAUUACUGGAACAGUUUGUUAAUCAUAUUGAAGAACUUAAGUUAAUGGAUGAACGAAUUCAAAGGAAAGUGGAGAAAUUAGAGCAUCAGUGCCAGAAAGAAGCAAAGGAAUUUGCCAGGAAAGUGCAAGAGCUUCAGAAGAGUAACCAGGUAGCUUUCCAGCAUUUCCAAGAACUUGAUGAACACAUCAGUUAUGUGGCAACUAAGGUGUGUCACCUUGGUGACCAGCUUGAGGGGGUAAACACUCCCAGGCAACGUGCUGUGGAGGCCGAGAAACUGAUGACGUAUUUUAAUGAGUUUCUAGAUGGUGAACUGCGGUCUGAUGUUUUUAACAACCCUGAAAAGAUAAAAGAGGCAGCUGAUAUCAUUCAGAAACUCCAUUUAAUUGCCCAAGAGCUUCCCUUUGACAGAUUUGCAGAAGUAAAAUCAAAGAUUGCAAGUAAAUAUCACGACUUGGAGCACCAGCUGAUUCAAGAAUUCACAAGUGCACAGAGAAGAGGUGAAAUAUCCCGCAUGAGAGAAGUCGCUGCAGUUUUACUUCAUUUCAAGGGCUAUUCCCAUUGUGUCGAUGUGUAUAUAAACCAGUGUCAAGAGGGGGCAUAUUUAAAAUAUGACAUAUUUGAAAACUCUGCUGUGUUGUGUCAACGUGUCAAUAGAGAAGUUGGAGAUGUAUUCAGUAAUCCAGAAAUUGUUUUGGCAAAGCUUAUCCAAAACAUUUUUGAAGUCAAGAUUCAGAGCUGUGUUAAAGAGCAGCUGGAUGAAUGCAGAAAAUCUGAUGCUGAACAAUACCUUAAGAGUCUUUAUGAUCUGUAUACAAGAACUACAGGACUCUCCAGUAGACUGAUGGAGUUCAAUCUAGGAACGGACAAGCAGACAUUUUUGUCAAAGCUGAUCAAGUCCAUUUUCAUCAGCUACUUGGAGAACUAUAUUGAUGUUGAAACUGCCUACUUGCGAAGUCGAAGUUCUGUGAUUUUACAGCGUUAUUAUGACUCCAAAAAUCACCAGAAGAGACCUAUUGGAGGUGGGGGAAUUCAAGAUCUAAAGGAAAGGAUAAGGCAGCGUACGAACCUCCCUUUGGGACCUAGUAUUGAUACACAUGGAGAGACAUUUUUAUCACAAGAAGUGGUGGUUAACCUGUUGCAAGAAACCAAGCAUGCCUUUGAGAGAUGUCAUAAACUUUCAGAUCCAUCAGAUCUCCCAAAGAAUGCUUUUAGAAUAUUUUCCAUUCUUGUGGAUUAUUUAUGCAUGGAGCAUAUCGAUUAUGCUUUGGAAAUAGGUUUAGUAGCAAUACCAUCUCCAGAUUCUAAGAAUGCCAAUUUAUAUUUUUUUGAUGUUGUGCAUCAGGCCAAUACAAUUUUCCAUUUAUUUGAUAAACAAUUCAAUGAUCAUCUCAUGCCAUUAAUUAGUUCCUCCCCAAAACUUACUGAGUGUCUUCAGAAGAAAAAGGAAAUAAUAGAACAAAUGGAGGUGAAACUAGAUACUGGAAUUGACAGAACAGUAAACUGCAUGGUUGGCCAAAUGAAACAAAUACUGGCAGCAGAGCAAAAGAAAACCGAUUUCAAACCCGAAGAUGAGAACAAUGUAUUAAUCCAAUACACUACAGCAUGUGUGAAAGUCUGCCUUUAUGUCCGAAAGCAAGUGGAGAAGAUAAGGAACUCAAUGGAUGGAAAGAAUGUGGACACUGUGCUUAUGGAGCUGGGUGUGCGCUUCCAUCGUCUCAUUUAUGAGCAUCUCCAGCAAUUUUCAUACAGCUCAAUGGGAGGCAUGCUUGCAAUUUGUGAUGUCGCAGAAUAUAGGAGAUGUGCCAAGGACUUCAAGAUUCCACUAGUAUUGCAACUGUUUGACACUCUUCACUCGCUUUGCAACCUCCUGGUGGUGGCCCCUGACAACUUAAAGCAAGUUUGCUCAGGGGAACAGCUUGCUAACCUAGACAAGAAUAUCCUACAUUCCUUUGUGCAGCUGCGAGCAGACUACAGACCUGCCCGCCUUGCUCGACACUUCAGCUGAAUACUUUACCGGCAGAUCAUCUGUAUAUAUCACUGCCAGUCCAUGGCUAUGAGAAUGCAUAUGGAGUUUCUCCUUUGUACAUAGAACUUGCUUAACUCUCUACUUGGCAGUGACAGGUGGGCAGAACAAUGACAGCCAUAUUCAUAGUAUCUAUUAUGCUUCCCAUUUUUACUGUCCGGAAAGUGGGGCAAAGCGUUCUAUAUUUUCUUUUUAACACGCAAAAUCCUUUGCCUCCUUCUUUGAAAGAGCAUUUCUUUUUGUACUGGAAAGCAUACUUCAGUGUAGACACUCCAUAUAUGCCGUGUGAUUAUGUGUUCAAACAAUACUGUGCCAGUGCUGCUUUUAUAAAAUGGGCAAGUAAAGAUUAUUUUUAAUGUUGUUAAGCUGCGGUUGCCUGGGUUUAGAGAUGCAGUAAUGUAACUUAGAGGCUAACUAUCCUUACAUUUCUCUUUCUGUGGUCUUGUGAGGGAGGGGGAGACACAUAAGCUGCUUCUUUUAUAUAAUAACUACUACAGUAUCCCCCUUUUUGAAAUAUAUGAAUGUUAUUGUUUUUAUUUGGACUUUAUUUGUGAGCUGCGCUUAGCUUUUCAACACACUUUCAGGCUGCCACAAUAUUUUGCCAGAAUUGUUUUCUUUAUGCAGUAUCAUCUAAAAUCUCUAAUUUAUUUGUACAUAACCAGAAUUAGCGCCAUUCUUUUCAUUGAAAUCCUUGCAUUGCACAUAAUACGCCAGUGGAGACCCAAAAGUCUUGUCUAUAAGUGUGACUCUAUAAGUAUUGUCCAGAUUAUACAUGUAUACAGACAUCCCUGUGUGUCUUGCACAUUUUCAAACGCAACUGAUUUGUAUUUUAAAAUGUAUAUAAAAUAAACAUGUUUUAGGAAUAGUG